UUCGCAGGUCGAGACGUGAUGAAGCUACAGAUUCUCUUUGUUUUGAUCUGUAAUGUACGGCUCCUUCUUUCGGAAGAAACACCGAAACAAGGGAUGCAGACGUACAUCGAGCGUCUCCACGAGAAGCUCCUGAGUGCUGACGUGUACGACAAAACACUGAGGCCCGUCCCUACCUCUAACGAGAGCACGGCCACCUUGGUCGAGGCGUCCUUCCCUCACCGCCACAUCGUCAGCGUCGAACUCGAGGAGGGAUGGCUGACUGUUGUUGGACCACUGCUGCUCGUAAGUCUCAAUUUUCCUGGUUUAGUAAGGCUUAAUUCUCCGAAGAGAUAGCUCAUCACUGCUGCUAAUACAAUUUUUAUUCAUAGAAGAAGAAAUUAAGCAAAAAAAAAAAUAGAAUUAUUCACACGUUAAUGCGAGCUACGAGAUACGAUGUAGAAGGGGGAGCCAUAUAGUCCCGGACUGCACCGUGAAUUCCUGUCCCUGUCUGAAAAAAAAAAAAAGAAGGAAAAGUACAAGAAACUUUCAAGUACUAUAAGAAGACGACAGAACGAUUUCUUAAUUGCAACUAUUUGUUUACGCUGGAAAACACAUUAUAUGCUGGGUACAUUUUUUAGACCAUGGGAAAUUUUAAAAAAUCGCCUAUUUCAAGUAGCACAAUUAUAGUUCUGGAGCUCGAUUACUCGAACAGGCGGACAAAACUUGCGGAAGAAAUAAAAAUGCUUUAUCACCUAAUUUUAAACGUUCUCUA